AUGACUUACGGGGCUAGCCGAUGUGUCAAGUCAGUGUUUUUAUCCUCCCAGACAAGUCUGGUACCAAUUUAUCGACCCCGGAGGCUGAAUGGCUUGGUGAGCACUAGGGCGGAUUCGAACCUCCGAUCGAUCAUGAAGACAGCGGAGCCUUUAACCACAACGAAUGCGCCACACCCGCCCAAGUGUUCUGGAUUGUUUGUGUGUAUAUCUGAAGCAAACGUCGACGAAGAGCUUCACAAGUGCUUCUAG